GUUCUACUGUUUUCUUUUCCUUCUGAGACUUUGUUCGAGGACCACGUCACUGGCAGUUUCUGGAAUCUCUCGGCCAAGCUGAGCCUAAACCUUUCCCGGGAGCAGAGAUGGUCCUGACACUGCUGCUGGGCCUCAGUGGGGCCCUGGGCUGGGGGCUGCUGGGAGCCUGUGCCCAGGCCCCUGGUGCCAGCUUCCCUGGCCCACACAUCGCUGGCUGGUCCGAGACCUGGGACGUCGCGGCUGAGGACACCACUGGGGCCCCUGACAGACGUAACUGGUGUCCCUACCAGAAGUCCAGGCUGGUCACCUUUGUAGCUGCUUGUAGAACAGAGAAAUUCCUCAUCCACUCACAGCAGCCGUGUCCGCAGGGUGCUCCUGACUGCCAGAGAGUCAAAGUCAUGUACCGUCUGGCCUACAAGCCAGUGUACCAGGUCAAGCAGAAGGUGCUGGGCUCUGUGGUCUGGAGAUGCUGCCCGGGUUACAUGGGCCCUGACUGCCUGGACUACGAUCCCACAGCACUUCCCGCCUCUGCAGACCCAAAGAACGGUCUCCAGGAAGCUUUGGAAGGACCAGUCAGCUCUGAACCUGUUCACCAGCCUACAGGGAUCAGCCAGGCGGCAGUGCAGCAGGAGCACCCGAUGGCAGAACUCCAGAACGACCUUCACCACGUGGCCGACAGUCUUUUAGAACAACAGGGGGGCCCGUCAAGCAGUCUCACAGUGGCCACAGCAGAGGAGGCUAACCAAACUGAGCUUGGAGCCAUCGUCUCCACGCAGCGCAGCUUGGAGCGGCACCAGCGGCUCUUCCACAGCCUCUUCGAGAACUUCCAAGGGCUGCUGGCAGCCAACAGCAGCAUAGACCUGGGCAAGCUGCAAGCCAGGCUCACCAGGAAAAGGAAGACACAGCACAGAGCUACCCAGACCCAGACGCGUCACAAGAAGGAGGUGGAGCCUUGGGCGGACCCCGCAGGCCGAGGGCGUGCCCUGGCUACCAAGCUGAUGGAGGCAGGCUCCCCUGUGGCCUUCUAUGCGGGCUGUUCAGAAGGGACAACUGCUCUUCAGACUAUGAAGUUCAACACCACUUACGUCAACAUUGGCAGCAACUACUUCCCGGAACAUGGGUACUUCCGAGCCCCUGAGCGUGGGGUCUACCUGUUUGCAGUGAGCAUUGACUUUGGUCCAGGGCCCGGCAGUGGGCAGCUGGUGAUUGGAGGUCACCAUCGGACCCCAGUCUAUACAGCUGGGGAGCAGACGGGUGGAAGUACUGCAGUAACCUUUGCUGUGGCUGAGCUGCAAAAGGGUGAGAGGGUGUGGUUUGAGGUAACCCAGGGAUUGGUAACCAAAAGAAACCCACCCAGUUCUACAUUUGGGGGCUUUUUGAUCUUCAAGACCUGAGCCCCGGCCCAGAUCUGAUCAGACAUCAUGAGCUCAACCCAGCUCCUCCUGGCCUGGGGCUCUGAGAGGCCAGAGAUGGCCUGAAGACCCUCCAGCUAGUGCAAUGCUUUCCUGGGCAUCUUCUGAAGGACCACGUGGGAUGAGUGGUCUCCCUCAAUACAAGCUGGCUUUAAGGAUGCUUAACGAUGAGUACUGGCAUACUCCUCUCUGGAUGGGACCAGGCCCAAAGGAGCCGAGAGCCUUGGCUUGGACUGUCACGCCUUAUGCUAUACCCAGCUUCUUUCGUGUUUGACUACUGGGCUCGAAAACAUUUUAAACCUUUAUCCCCCUUCCUCUUCCUCCUUCAUUUUAUGCUAGGAAGCCAUUCAUUCCCAGAAGAAGGAUAUGUAAAAUAGAGGAAAUCUUGUUGGACAAGAACGUUCAUUCAAAUUCUGGGGGAAACGGGACUCCAGUUACCAGAGAGCAACAACCAGAAAUGGAGACCAGGGACUGGUCGAGCAUCUUUCCCUUAGUUCUUGGACCCCUGGUGGUGUCAUGGGCUAUGCGUUGGUCUCAUCCAAAGGGUCAGCACUCUGAACCCACCAGGAGAAAGAGGAGGCUUUCUGCUCCUGUAGAGGCGCCCUCUCCGAGACCCACAGGGGCGGUUCUACCCUGUCCAGAGGGUUGCUGUGAGUCAGAAUCUACUCAAUGCCAGUGAGUUUGGGGGGGUUUCGCAUUCAGUCAUUCCUUGGAUUUGUCCAUAAUUUAAAUUUCACUUCUUUUUCUCUGUGUCUCAUUCAGGGUAAAAAUGGCCCUCCGUGAGAGAGGCCAAACAUUAA